AUGAAGACAUAUAUAAUUCUAUUAAUUUUCGCAUAUUUUGAUUUUUCAGUUGCGAAUAAUGCUGUAAUAAACCCAUUGGACGUUCUUAAUAGUGUUAAGUUCUACCUCUACACUAAUCAAAAUCCGGAAGAUCCACAAAUAAUCAGUUAUAAAGACAAUUCUGUAGCAGUGUCCAAUUACGAUAGUUCACGUAAGACCAAAUUUAUUAUUCAUGGAUUUCUUGCAUCCUAUGAGCAAGUACCAAAUCGUCCUAUAAGAGAAGCAUAUUUAGCGACAGGAGACUAUAAUGUGAUUGCUGUUGAUUGGAGCAAGUAUUCCUUUACGGAAUACAUAACAGUCGCAUCGAAAGUAUAUCCUGAAGUAGGUACAGCAGUCGCAAAAUUAAUUGACUUUUUGCAUUCCAAUUAUGGAUUAAAUUUUAACGAAUUGGUUGUAAUUGGACAUAGUUUGGGAGCACAUAUUGCUGGUUUUGCAGGAAAACAAGUUAAAUUAGGCAAAAUUGAAUCAAUUGUUGGUCUUGAUGCAGCACUGCCUUUUAUUAAUAUAACCGAUCCUUCACAACGCUUAUCAAUAACCGAUGCAAAUUAUGUUGUAACGAUACACACUUCGAGUGGAAGGGACGGCAUUGCAAUGCCAAUUGGUCAUACCUCUUUUUAUCCAAAUUGGGGUCGUCGACAAAUAAAUUGUGACGUUGAU